CCGGGGCGAGGCGGGGUCGGCGGCUCCGUGAGGGGCUGCGGGGGGCCCCGAGCUGCGGGGAUGGGGCCGCGGCUGCACGGUGGCACGGCGGGGGGCGAAUGGGCGGUUUGGUGCCAGACUGCGGGGUUCUGGGCAGCUGGUAAAGCUGGGGGUGCGCUGAGAGCCUUCACCGCGAAGCGUCCUCGUGAGGCUCGGUGUUCCGUUAAAACGCUUUAAGCCCCUGAUACCAAAAUCUUUACCUCACACAAAUACAGCAUAUUUCAGUGUAAUUCUUUCGACUUAAGCUGAUUUUAAAAUGGAUUGAAGGAAGCAUGUGACAUACAGUUGAUAACCAGUAACUUCCAGAUGGCCAGAUCAGAACCUCAGGACAGAAAUUAUGAUAAUGUGGUAAAGAUGGUAGAGGACCUGAACAGAGACUUAGAGAAACUUCUGGAGGAAAUGGAAAAAAUGACAGUGCAGGCAACCUGGAUGGCAUAUGACAUGGUAGUAAUGCGUACCAACCCAGACCUGGCCAAUUCCAUGAGGCGUCUGGAAGAUGCCUUCCUGAAUUGCAAAGAAGAGAUGGAGAAAAGAUGGCAAGAGGUGCUAAGGGAAUCUAAAGCCAUCCUUGUAGUGUAUGUGCAUAUACAACUUCCUGGAAGAUCACACUCACUUCAUAGUCAAUACGUACACAUGGAAGAGUUUGACCUCUGAACAAAUGUGUUGGAGCGAGAAAGAUUGUGUACAACGGACAACUGCAUUGCACCAGCAUAUACCUAUCAAGGAAAACUGAAGAAUUACUUUUUUUUUUCCCCAAAUGAAAAACUCUAGAUGUGCAGAUUGAUCAGGUUAGUUUGAUGUGGGAUUGCCUAAUAGGUGUUCAGUGACAAUGUUAUUGUUAGAUAGCUCACCUGUUUCGUUUCCUUGGAUUUUUAACCAUUUGUUUGGACUGGUUAUCCCAGAAAGAUUGUUUCUUUCAAACUUUCUGAAGGUAACAUGUCUUAUUUAAGAAAAAAAUGUUUACAAUUAUAGACCGUAGUUUUUGUGGUAUGGUUUGUGAGAUUGCUGCAAAUACCAAAUUAACAUUAUUACAAAACAUGCUUUUCUCCAUAUGUUCCUACUGUGGGAUAUUAAAAAAGAAUAGAAAAAGAAAUUUAUUUUGUUGUCAAGGUGUGGAUUAAGAGCAUCACCUCAUGGCUUGUAGUUACUGCAUAAAUGAGUAUUUCACCUGAGCUGGAAGUCAACGUAAGCUUUGAGAAAUAAUUCCCAUUUCAUUAAAAUGCAGUUUAGCAAUGGUAGCUGGCAUUUCUAGAGGCAUAAAUGGUAAAGAAUAUUAACUUUGAACUAUAUUCUUGACUUUUGCUCCAGCAGAUAGGUCUUCAUUCCUGCCAAGGUAGGGCAAAACAGCAGAACAGCAUGAUGAAUCUUGCGCUUUGAUUAAUCCUUGGAAGAUUUUCAUGGCAUGUUGUCACUUUGGUACCUUUGACAGCAUUGGCAUUGUUACAGCAUUGGCAUUGUUCUUUAAUGCUGCAUUAAAAACUAUUUUUUUGAAGAGGCAUUGUCUUUAACAACUUAUGUAGAAACUUACCAAAUUUUGUGUGACCUUUUGGCUACCAAGUGCUAAGUAUAGAUUGACUACAGGUUUCCAGAAAGCUCAGUUUUCAUGUAGACACUUGACGAAGUGGCCAGCGUUUAAAAGAAAACAAGAAGCAAAAACAAAGGCAAUAAAACUUUUUUUUUAAUCCAGCAGUCCUGAGAGAAUACUGCUCAAAACCACCACUUCUGGGAAAAAACAAAAUAUGGCUUUUAUUCAUUAAAAUGUCCUCUGUGAUAUUGAUACCCGUGGCCCUCUCCUGACCUAUCAUUAUGUAAUGUUGAAUCUUACAGUAAGUAAGUCUUUCUGAAUACUUUAUUUCUCCAGUACAAAUAGACACAGCCAGGGAGCAUAACUGUCAGGAGAGAAAGCAUCUAGUAUGAUUUUUUUUUCCUAGCCCUGAAGUCUCAUCAUUUUACAGCUUUCCCACUCUUGGAUUUUUUUUUUCUGUAUAACUGCAGAGGUAGGGAUUAUAGCAACAGAAACCAUUAAGCACACCUUAAAUUUUUUCUCACCAGGAAGCAGAGAGAUGAUAGCACACCAAUACAGUCUUAAGGACAGAUGCUCAUGCUAAGGUACUAGGUCACCCCUCUGUGAGUGAACUGAGUUCACAGGACAGGUUUGUGAAUACCUAUGAAAAUUUUUUGUCUGUACUAUCCUUUUUCUUACUCUUGAAAGUUUUUAAACUAGUUUUUUAAACUAGUAACCACGUGCCCAACAAAUGCUUAACUACGAUGAGCAGUAGGGACAAAAGUUAGGAAGAAAACCAAAGGUUGCAGGUAGGGACUACAGCACAUACUUAGCUUAGAGAAUCUGGCUGGAUAAAUAGACUAGGACUGCUGCCUUGUCCCUAAGCUUUUCUUCCCAAGUACAUAACUGGAGGAGUCAGGGAUAUACACCAGAGUAGGAACAGUUCAUACUGCUUGUAAUACAAUACAGCAAGAUGACUUUUUUUUACUUCUAAAAAUAACUUACAGUUUUUUUUGAUUGAUAAUCAUCUUGUGGAAAUUGACAGUUCUGUUGUAUGCAUCUACCACAUUCUAGCCCACCUAGAUACUUACGACUUGCCACAGAAGCCACAUCAAAGUAUGGAUUUUUCUGUGACAGGGGUGCACAAUACAAAUUUUGUUUACAGAAGUAGAAAGUACAUGGAUCAACAUCCCCAUCUAGCGUUCACAACUUAAACUGUAACAGUAAUUAUGACUGCUAGGUUGACAUCUUCUAACCAUCCAGUAGGAAGAUUUUUGUAAUGGAAAUUAUAAGUAGCAGUUUAGUUUUAUGCUCACUCUCAGUGAACUCCACUGAUGUGACUUCAGCCUGUGCAGCAGUUAUCCAUAGGUGAUUCCUGUACUGUAUUUUAAGGAAGAGCAUGCUUUUUCAAACAGCCACAAAAAUAAGAGAAGGGGGCACUGGUACACUGCCACUCUAAACUCAAAUAUAACAGUACGGAAUUCUGUUUCCUCAGUUCUUAAGUUAUUCUUCCCUUAUCCACUUAUGGUAACACUUAAUAGGCACAUCACAAAUCAGUUCACUUUGUUUUGUUUCUAAGUUAUCAUUAAUGCAGAGACCUGGACAGACACUGGAAUAGAUUCACGCUGGUUCAUUUUGCAUGAAUGGAUAGAUCAAAUUUAAUUCCACAGCUGAUAAGUGUGUGAAGCUUAGCAAGGAGGGCACAGAGUUGAUCUUUAAACACUUGUUAAGGCCAGUAAGUGCUCUGAUGUUUAGCACUGCCACUUUUUUUUACAGUACUCACCACAACAAAAUUUAUAGUCCAUUGUUAUGUACUUAACCUGUCUGCAGGGAAAGAGUUGGAUGCCUACAAGUAACCAAGAACCAGCAAACCAAGUCAUAUGUUGUCUGAUACAACAAGGCUGUAAUGACACUAUAAAAUAGAAUUGACAAGGCCUGGCCUGGGGGGAACUUCUCAUUUCAAAUGUAAUGCUUCAGCUUAUCAGUCCUCAUCAGAACAUUAGCCCACACUUCAAUUAGAAUGUUAUUUCCUCCCAUACUAGUGCUUACCAGUUCUGCUUCCCAGUUAUUAUAAACCCAAUUCAUGUUAUCUUACAAAGGUUUAGGAGGCAAGUCCAUGUUUUAGAUGUUUUACAAAGUUGGGCUGUUUUACAGAUUGAUAUAAGUUUAGAAAUCUCAGUCCAAAUCCUUGCCUUUUUCCUGAACAUGGGAACUAGAGUAGAUGAGGACAGAAUUCACCUGCCAGGAAUCUCUACUCCUUUGUCAUACACAUGUACAGUGUUGCUCCAUACAAAGAGGGUUUACUUGAAGUGCUAUUCAAUAAAGAUUGUGAGGAUUGUAUAGCUAAGUUCAGGAAGAGGUGUUUUAAGGAUACAAAUACACUACCCAAGGUUUGAGUAACAGCAACUGUAAGACAAACAUGAAAAGUGUUGGACAUGUUGGAGAAUGAAGCAUGCAACAAGAUCGCUGAAGGAACACACCCAUAUUCAACAGCUGGAAGGAGACUGAUAACACCCGCAAGAUAUCCAAACUUCAUGAAGGCCAAACUUCAGGAAGGAACACAAACACAUGCAUUAGUACGACAGUUAAGAACUUUAAGAACUUUGCUCUUCAACACAGAAGACAUACAAUAUUUUACUGUUUUCAAUAAAAAAGUUUUUUGGGGGGGCUAAUAAAUUUUACUGCCACUAUUCUGGAACAGAAGCUUGAAUGAAGUGGCAUUUAUUAUGUUAGCUGUCUUUUUGAGCAGAUAGGGAUCUCAAAGAACCUUGGAUUCUACUGUUUACAGAACACAAGAGCCCUGCAAAACAGAUUUGGAAUGCAUUAGCAGGAUAAUUUUCCCAAUCCUCCAGACUCCUGCUGGAAGACAGUAACAGAAAAACCUAGCUAUUUGAGUCACAAAAUCAGAAGGCAUUUUAAGUUAUACAAUGGAGCCAUAAUUUUCUGUAGAAGUUGUUUUGCAUUCAAGUAGCCCUACUUAACACUGCUCAUGUAUCAUCCACCAUAGUUUUAGACAAGACACAUCUUUAUACAUUUACGGAUGUAGCCCUCAUUUUCACACAAAUGCUGAAGCAGUAAGAUACAGUCAUUCAUUAUUUUAAAGGAGAACAUGAACAAACACUUCAAUGGAUUUGCUUUUUUGGUACUUGAAAUCAUUUUUAUUUGUGAGGAACGUCACCCAUGCUGCACAGUUUCAAAUAGAUCUUACCAAGGAAAGCGGAAAUUUCUCCUCCCCAUGUCCUGCAGUGAACAGGACUGGCACAGAAAAAAGAAAACUCAACACACUUGGGAGGUUUAGCACCAGCAUCCAAUAAAAAAGCAUUUGAUUUCAAUUUCAGUUCUUUGGUUGGGUAUUUUUCCCUUUUUUCAGUUUGAUA